CAAUUUGCAUCCAUAUUUCAAUCUCCUAAUCAAAUUUCACUUUCUUCUCUUCAAAAACGCUGCUAUGGCCGGAGGAAAAUCUAAGAGCAAGGCCUCUAAGAAGAAGACCGUCGCCGAGGCCACAAGCUCUGCGCCUCAACCCUUUCCGUACCUGGACGGAUCCUUCUUGGAGUUCGGGUCGGAAGAGGAACUCUCUCGUUUCAUCACCUAUUUCGCCAAGCGCCCCAUCUCUCCGCCAAGGGUGCUACCCGAGCCAUAUCCUCAACAGAAGGGUUACUACGACCUUGACAAUCAACUCAAGGAGUCGGGUCUGUGGCCCUUCGUCUCCUGCAGUCGCACCUCCUUCAAUCCCGCCUAUGUUCGGACUUUCUACUCCAAUCUCCGCCGGGACGGGGACACUAUUCGCAGCAGCAUCAAUCUCGUGGACUUCGAGUUUGAUUUGGCUACCUUUGCCCGGGUCGCAGGGCUGCCCACCCGCGGUGACGACAUCGCAACAUAUGGCGGAGAUGAUUGGAUCCUCAACAACGAGGCGGUGGUCAUCCGAGAGCUUGGAAUCACCAACCUCGUCCGUCACAGCGGCGCACCAACCAUUCACUCAGCCCCGCUGGAGAAGCGCCUUCUACUCUACAUCCUCACCCGGAUUCUUCGCCCCCGGGACGGCAGCCACACGUGUCUCUUCAACGAGGAUCUCAAGGCCGUUCAUGCAAUCACCCAUGGCGCUUCGAUCAAUUGGGCGAAAUACGUCAUGAUCCACAUGGCAGAUUGCGCCUCAAUCGCCACCGAAAGGAGCUUGCCAUACGCCUUCCUCGUCAUGGACCUCAUCGUCUCCGCCGACAUCCACAUCGCCAGGCCAAGCACGAAGAUGACGAAGAUUUGGAUCAUCCAAGAUAGCACCUUCCGGAAGACGUCCGGAGACCAAGACGGCGCAGGACCAAGUCGGGCUCCAGCCCCCGCUCCCGCCAAGGCCUCCUUACAGUCCAUAGCCGAUACCCUGAAUCGGCUAACCAUCACCGUGGACGGCAUGGGCCAAUACUUGGAGCGGAUGGAUAGCACGCUGCAACGCCAACACCACGACAUGAGGGCGUUCUUCCGCGGCAUCAACUAC